CUGUCAGUUGGGGCGGACGAUAUAGUUGAAUUACCAUACUGAGCAGCUAAGCAAGAAGCCCACGUUUUAUAAAAUAAGGGGUAUUAUCGUAAACAAACUCAAUCCACUCCCAAAACAAAAGUAAAAUAUUCUUCGAACAAGUCUAUCAUCAAUGAUCAAAGCUUUUCAUUUUUUAUAAACGACCACUCUAUGCAAAUUCAUCAGCAAUACAGCGACCCUCUAAAGGGAUCCUAGAUUUGAACUCAGAUUGAGGAUGAAACUUGUGUCUGCCACUUGAAUACAUAUCCUCUUUUAAACCUAAAAUAUCUCCGAUUGUCCUCAAAUUUAGCCCUUGAUACUUGAUAAUGACGACUUCCAGAUAUUUGCUAAUGAUUGAUUUUAAUAGAAGGUUCUUUCGAGUGGAGUUGGGAUUUUCAUGGGUGAUGGUCCUCGAGGAGUGAAGGUGAUUUCUGACCAUUUUUCAUCUUCAACCUCCACUGCAAACUCUCUUCCAAGUCCAACAUCAGCUGUCACAGAUAUAACAACUAAUAGCGAUUUGAGGUCCAAUAGUUGGGCUCGAAGAAAAUUAAAAAGUGCUGCAUCCAUGUUGAACCUGUUUAGUCUAAAGAGGCUUUCUUGGGGAUCAGGUGCAGAUGGUCAGGAAAAGGUUGUAUUAAGUGCUGUGGAGGUAGAAUCUCUUCGUUCUGAAAUAGUCGCUUUAGAAGAGAGAGAAUCCCACUACAAAGCUCAGUUAGAACAUCUUGACGAAAUAUUGAGAUAUGCUCGUCUGUCAAGCUAUCUUUACAUAAGAUCGAGAUGGGAAGCAUUACCUGGAGAACCUCCUCCUCUCGACGACGCUGAAGUUGAUGACUGGCUUCCGCGCUUUGUAGUUCUUCAGGGAUCAUAUAUCUAUUUGUUUUUAUCAUCCGCCGAUUUGAGUCCCCAGGACUCCACCCUACUGUCUGAUAUAGUUGAAGUUGAUUCUCUCCCAUGCUUUACACGAGAAGAUGAGGAAACUCGAUAUUGCUUUUAUAUCCUAACUCGUCAUGGGCUGCGAUACGAGUGCUCAAAUGUUUCUAAGAUACAGGUUGAUUCUUGGGUAGCAGCACUAAAGAUUGAUUGCAAGUUGGGAAGUGAUGCUAAAGAUAUUAAUGAUACGAUAAUGAUGUAAAAUAAUUCAAUAAUAUGUACAGUACCCUGUUUAUAUACAAUUCUAGAUUGGAAGUGAUGACACGAACCGGAUCAUGAAUUUAAUCGACAAUUAGCCAUUAUAUGAUAGUUUCAAGCUGGAAAUAACGGCGGUGUUGUAUGAAGUUUACAAUACUUGGUAA